UGAUAAGCCACAAUGGAACUAAACGCCAGUAUAUGUGAGGGGUCCGUCCAGCUAUAACCACAUCAUUAUGUAUAUUUUGGCUGCACUGCUUCUUCUGGUUACCGUAUGUGAUGGUGCACGAAUUUUAGCAAUGGUGCCCUUUCCGACAAAAAGUCACUGGAUAGUGAUAGAGCCGCUGUUCCAGGAGUUAGCCUCUAGAGGGCACCAGGUCACUGUGUUCUCCUCUUUUCCACAGAAGAAGCCUCUGCCGAACUAUACUGAUGUUGAUUGUUCCGAUACUAUCCCGCAAAACAUGAACACGUUCUCUAUUGAAAUGAUCAAAAAGGCAAUGCCAUCUCCAUGGGGAACGACACAUUUUGUAAACCGAUUACAUGAAGGAUCCUGUAAAGUUCUGGGAGAACAGAGAGUUAAAAAUGUGUUAAAUUCAAAAGAUAGAUAUGAUCUUUUGAUCACUGAAUUACUUGCUAGCGACUGUUUUGCCUAUCUCGCUCAUAAACUGCAAAUUCCUCUUAUUUCCUUCACUACCAGCACGGCCAUGCCUUGGGGUGCCGAGAGAGUUGGGUUACCUGACAACCCCUCUUAUAUUCCUAACUAUCUCGUACACUUUACUCCAGAGAUGACCUUUUGGCAAAGGAUAUAUAAUACUGCUGUACUUGUUUACGCCAAGUACUGGCAUCUUCAUGUGUAUGCCAAACAGACACAAACUUUAGUGGAACAGAUUUUCGGUGAAGCUCUGCCACCACUACAUGAAGUUGUGGGGAACACAUCGCUAGUUUUCGUCAACAGUUAUCAUGCCCUUGCUCAGAGUCGACCUUUCCCUCCCAAUGUUAUUGAAAUUGGAGGAAUACAUAUAAAAGAGAGUCGUCCACUGACAAAGGAUUUAAAACAUAUUUUAGACAAAUCCACUAAUGGUGUUAUAGUAGUGAGUUUUGGAUCACUAGUUCGUACUUGUAGCCUUCCAAAGCCAAUAAUCAAGAUGUUCAUGAAUGUGUUUUCAAAAAUUCCUCAAACCGUAAUUUUCAAAUACGAGGAAGAUCUGCCAAAGGCACCAUCUAAUGUUGUCCUACGGAAUUGGUUUUCACAACGAGAUCUGAUGGAACAUGAAAAUGUUAUAGCUGUUAUUGGUCAUGGAGGCUUGGGGAGUUUAACUGAGACUGUCUACGUUGGCAAACCCAUGAUCGGAAUUCCCUUCUUCGCUGAUCAAUAUGGCAAUAUUGAAAAAAUCGUCAAACCAGGAGCUGGAAUACAACUGGACUAUGACGACCUAUCCGAAGAGAAAAUAAGAAUAGCCGUGGACGAGAUAUUGAACAAUCCAAAGUACACACAGAACAUGAGGCGAUUGUCGCAACAGUUCCGGGAUCGGCCGAUGACGCCGCUGCAAACGGCAGUGUACUGGACAGAGUACGUCAUCAGACACCAGGGGGCGCCACAUUUGCGGCCAGCUUCUGUCAGUCUGCCGAUUUACCAGUACUUGCUGCUUGACGUCAUCUUCGUCCUUACAACCUGUUUGGCUUGUGCGCUCCUUGCAUUAUACUGGCUCAUGAAAUUUAUCUUUUAUACAAAAUCCUAAUUAUGUCGAAUAAAACUGUA